UGGGGAAAUGAAAUGAUACCAUACUCUCAAAGCAACCUCAUGGAUCAUCAACCUGCGCAACAAGACAAACAACCCGGUUCCCUGGACGGAAGGCCUGCUGUCAAAGAGCUCGACUUCUUCUCUGGCGACCGGCUCCGGAGCGAUGCCAACAACGAUAGAGCUAGCGUUCCAGAUUCGGCGAAGCUCGGUCCUUUCGAUGAGGGUGGUGCAAUGGAUUUUCUCACCCUAAGAACUGGUGUUUUGUGGAGAGAGAAUCAUCAAGAAGAGACCAAACCCACUAGCCAACUGAGAUCUUUGAGGGUCAAGUUGGAGGAAUUAAAGAACGAGAACCAAAAGCUAAGGAGCAUGUUGGAGUGGGUCUCCAAAAGUUACACUGCUAUUCAAUCCCAUCUUCUUCUAAUUAUGCAAAGAAAGGCAUCAAUCAAUCACAAGUUCAAAGAUGAGGCGCUUGCUAAUGCUGGGGUGUCACCUUAUGGUGAUACUCUGAGAGAGAGAUUGGAGCCAUCAGUGGAAGCUGGCAUAACAGAUCAACAGUGUGAUGAUCAGAACAUGGUGAGCCGCAUAGGGAGGAAGAGAGAAUGGUCAUCAACAAACGAGACCAACUCUGAUGAUGGUCAAACAUUUCAGUCUGUGAGAACCCUAGAAAGUCCAACUACGGCAAGAGGCAAGAACAUAGUAAGAGAAGAAGAGGAAGAUCCUGAUAAUCAUCAAGAUCAAGUCUCGGGUCAUCAGGGUUCUUAUAGAAAGGCGAGGGUGUCGAUAAGGGCGCGAUCUGAUGCACCUAUGAUAAGUGAUGGGUGUCAAUGGAGGAAGUAUGGUCAAAAACUCGCAAAAGGAAACCCUUGUCCGCGAGCCUACUAUCGCUGCACAAUGGCCAACGGAUGCCCAGUUCGUAAGCAGGUCCAAAGAUGUGUGCAAGACAAGACCAUCCUAAUAACAACAUACGAAGGGAAGCACAACCACCCACUUUCUCCAGCGGCCACCGUCCUUGCUAACACCACCUCCGCUGCUGCCACAAUGCUCCUCUCCGGCUCAACCGCAACCGUCCCCAAUAGCAACAACAACCCUAACUUCCUCUCAAGCUCCAACUUCUUGUUCCCACAUCACCUCCUCUACACUAACUCCUCCACCAUGGCUUCUCUUUCUUCCUCAUCCCCUACUUACCCCACAAUCACACUUGACUUGGCCCAAACUCCUCUUGCUAAUAACCACUCUCUGCAAAGCCAAAGAGUCCUUUCAUCAACACCCAAUUCUCAAACACUAAAUAUCCCUUAUUUGUGUCCUUCUAAUGGUUGCCCCCAAUUCCUAGGGCAUCCAAUGAUGCACAUGUUGCCGCCACCACCACAAGUGCAUCACUUGCUAUUAAGCAAUCAAUGCCCUUCUUCAUUGAUGGGUAACGUUGGAGCAACGAUCGCUAGCGACCCUAAUUUUGGUUCUGCAUUAGCCAUGGCCAUCUCUUCAAUAGUAGGUACAAGCGCAUCUCAUCCUGGAAUGCUCAACAAUGACACGAAUGGUUGCAACAACAAUAGCACUAGUACUAGCAUUAUUAUUGCCCAUGAUGAUGCUUCUUAACGUUCCUUUCUUCCGCUACGCCAUUUUCUCAUAACCUCACGAGGAUUGUAUAAAUAUAUCACGCAUUAGCUUUGGAUGAUGUGUGUAUAAUUGAAGGGACUUCAUCUGUUCUAAUAGGACCCAUGAAUGGAUUCAUGUGUUGAUACGAUAGAGCUUCGUUCUAAUAGGUUUCUCCUCCAAUUUUGUAUGUGUUAGGUGUGAAAGGCUCUUUUUGGCUUUUUACUAAGUAUACUCUAAUCCUGUUAAUUAGUAUCUG